CAAGAAACAUCCCUCGAGAGUGAUAAGGGCCAUCAAGCAGCGUCUCAGAUGCUUUCCCACACAAUUUUCUGCCCCACAAAUCCAUACUGAAUUUCAGCAAGUGUGGAAAAUCCAUCGAGUGUAGUGAAGUGAGUGAGAAAUAUUGCCUAAACAGUGUCUUAUGAUUUACUCUCGCGUCUUCUUAUUUUAUCUGUUGGACUAUUCUAUUUUCCGAGUGAGAACAACCUGAUGCAUCGCCCAAAUUUCACCCAACAGACAAAUUGCUGAAGUUGAGUGAAAGAGUGAGGGUAGCACAGAAAGACACGGCUCACUGUAGUGUCCAGCCACAAGAAUCCCACGAAUGACACACAAACAGAGACACAGUCCGGGAGCGCCCCAGGAGCGAGUGAGCCGGAGACGGUGGUAGUGGCGGGAUGCCGAGCUCGCGCGGGUCCGCGCAAUGGCAGCCGCGGAUGAAGUCGAUGGGGCCCGUGAGGCGGGCCUGUCCAGCAUCCGGAGCCACCUUCAAUAUCGAGGUCGGCCGAGCGAAAAUGACCUCCCGCUGCUUGUGGCAUGCAUGUCGCGCUCUUGCUUUGGGCAUUGUGCUAAUGCUUUUAGGCGCCGGAAUGGCCACCAUAGGAUACUACGCAGAGCAUUUGUCAAUCGGCCAGGAGGUGCGCGGCAACGCCACCAUUCGAGUUAAGAACGAAUCGAGGGGAUUUCAUCUCAACAAUUUAUCCUAUGUCGGUCCAAUUAUCAUGGGAUUUGGCGGCUUUAUCGUUGUGGCGGCGUGCGUGAUGACUUUCGAGGCGCGCGACUCGGCGGCCAAGGUGGUGCCGGCGCGCUUUAAGAUGGGUGGCAGCGGAUCUGGCGGCGGCAGCAGGAGCAACGGCCGCAGCGCGUCAUCCUCGCGCCGCGCCACAGGGGUGGCAGCGACGCCCACUCCAGUCAACCCCAACCGGUGGGAGCAACACAUGGGGCUGUUCAGGACGGCCGGAAGCAGUGGCGAAAAAGCACCCAGUCGUCAGGCUCUCACGGCGGCGCUCAUCCACUUCUCGAAAACUCUGGGAUCGCCGGAAGUGUCCUCACCCGUGAAGCCACGCAAAGUCUCUCGGAGUGGAAGUGUGCCUAAUCUGGCUGACCAUCAUCACCAUCACCAUCACCACCGGUCGCCGAAGAGCCGCACGUCGCACCGUCGCUCGCGCAACAGCAGCCUCGUGCAGCGCACCACGCGAGAGUCCUCGGGCGAGCGCUUCCUGCACCCCGGGAUGCUGCAGUACCACCGACAGGCGUUGUCCGUGGACGAGGGGAAUCCCCACGGACGUCGCGAGAGCGGCACCGAUCAGGGAGGGCACGUGAGGCGGUCGGACACCGCCAAGAAGCGCAUCCUGGCGCGCCAGAAGCCCAUCGAGCGGGAAGAGGAGCUGCACAGCCCAAGAGUCGGCUACUCCUCGAUCAGGCGCCGCAGCUCCACAACCUCCGACGCCUCGGCAGCGUCCAGGCGGACCGUGACCAGGCGCGCCUCGUCCACUUCCCGGACGCCCAGCAUCGAUUCGCGCAGCGUGCACAGCCCCGAGAGGAGCCCACGCACUCCACAUCGCGUGGUCGCCCAGAUUUCCACCCCGUCAGUCGAUCGUGAUUUCCGGAGUCAAUUAUCGAUCUCAUCUGAGCCGAUGAGAGUUCUGUCCUGCCAGUCGAGCAUUGAGCCGUGCGUGCCGGAGGAGGAGGGUUUGGAUCAGGAGGACAAGGACACCUUCCCGACGGACCUGAGUGACUCAUCGGAGAAGGGCAGGACGCCGAGGCCGGACUCCCUCAUCUUGGACUGCAAUCAGGAGCCGGUGAGGCAGAAGUUUCUCUAUCGCAGCAAGUCAUCGAAGAGCUUCAAGAGGCCGAAAGUCAAGGCGCCCGUCACGGAGUUCCAUCAGAUCUACUUCAUCAGCAGCAAUCCCGCCGAGGAUGGCUAUGAUUCCAUCGAAGUGAUUGACGAGCGACGGAUGAAGAAUUUCGGCACUUCGGUCACGGCAAACUCGGCGCAGCUGGAAAAGCUGCUGUACGAUGGGCCGGAGAGGCGCGAGGAGGGCCACAAGUCGCCACCCACCGACUCCAGGGCAGUGUGCAACGAAGGGGAAACAUCAAUCCACGAAAGCAAUAUCAAUCCUAAUCAAAUCACCCUCACAAUUCAGGCUGAAAUUGAGCGACAAGUCUGAAGACGUUAAACACACUUAAUCGCUGGAGAACUUUUUGCGCGAUGGUCGCUUUUUAUCGCCACCGUGAAAUGACAGUGUUUCCGUGGAAAAUUUUCCUUCGGGCUCUUUUUCCUCUUAUGGCUUUGCAACUCCAUACAUCAUAUUUUAUCAGUCGCGCUCGAACUUCCUCCCCAACAGCGCUUUCGGUGGCAUAUUUUAUGGGGCGAACAGCGAUGCUACACGUUCUGCUGCAUUAUUGGCAAAAGUAUAUUGACACGUAUUACCAUCUGUCUUCCAACCAUUUUCCGAUGAAUAUAUCAUUGGGAAAUAUUCUCCACAGGAACACGAUGGAAUUACCCAGAAUCGAAAUAAUAACACUAAAUUCAAUGCAUAAAUUCAACACAAUUAGCAAAUAGCAAAAUCAAACAAAUAGUUUUGUGAUGUUGAAUAAACAUAGAUAAUUUCAUGGAUUCUCGACAUGCUUAAUCCAAAUAUAUUAUUCAAUUAUUACCGGAUUUUGAAAUUGAAAUUUCGAUUGAGUUCCAAAGACAAAAAGCAAUGCACAAUCCCAUAAUUAUAAUUGAUUUGCCACCAGAGCCAGGUGAAAAAAGCCCACUUAAACAGCCAUUUCGCGAUGUUGUGGCGCAAAAAAAGAGCGUUCAAGUUGUUGUAAUUUCUAACUUUUUACGCCGAAAACAAAAGGGAAAAGUAUUUGGGCUGGCCCAUUUUCACCUCAGCAAAGUAUAAAUCUCUCCGCAAGUGAGGAGAAAAUGUGAAAAUCGCAGCUUUUCCCGCAAGCAUUUUUUGGUGUAUUUUUGGACAAACACUAUAUAGAAGGACAAUCAAGAGCGUGAAAUGAUGGUAAAAAUAGAGAAUAAGAAAAAACCCAUUGAGUGUGUUAGAGAGUGAAAAGUGUUGUUGAAAAUAACAUAGAGAAGUGGAUUUUUCCACAUCAAGCUUCUACCCUCAUCCUCCGCAGAGCAUCCCCAGAAAAUGGUGAGUCAUUCAUAGUGUGAUGGCUCUAUUAGAAAUUCCCUUUCUCCUCACCUUAGCGAAUAUGUAAGGUCGUUGCAGAGGGAGAUGAGCUUCCUCCCCAACAAGACAGGGUUUCUCACAUUGUGAAUUUAAUCAGUCAUUGUUGCCUAAAUGUGUACCAAAGAAGACAGACAAAGAAAAACCUCCCUGUUUGCAAUGCUCAGUGAGAUAUUUUUAAGGAGAAAUAUUGUUCCCACGUCCCAGAAUUAGUGAAAAAAUAAAACAUGAGGUAAUUGUUGUAACAUGGUAUAUAUAUCACAUAAUUUUCACCCCCCCAGAAACUGAAGAAAUUGUUGUGAAGGAAAGGGAAAAUUCGUAGGAAUGCCAAGUUGUACGAAUGAGAGAGUGAAUUAGGAACAAAGGGAAUAAAAUCUGUGUACAAAAAGCAAGGAAGUCAAUUUCUAAAUUUCCAUAUUUCCACAUUUCCCACAUGUCCAGAAAUAAAC